GGAAUAUUUGCUGGAAUAAUGGCAGUUCCUUUACUGCUUUCCCACUUGCAGUACUAAGAGUUUUGUGUCCUAGACUUGCUUUGGGAGCAAGGGUGUCAGUGCAUCCACUGCUUGUUCCAGUGGAUGGAUGUACUUUUUGGGCACACCUGGUUAACCUCCGAAAUGAAGCAGAGCUGUCAGACCUGUUUGUUUCCAAAGACUAAAGCCCAAACAAUCAAACCUCCUCCCCUCCUAUUUAUGUAUCACAGAAAAACAGUAGUUACUGCAUGUCCCAAAAAUAAUUGCUGGAGGUAUAGCUUUGGGGCACACUUCUUUCUAGCUAACUCUUUAACCUUGAUUUAAACAGAUGUUCUUUAAAUAAUCUUACUAGCUUCAUUUGGCUGAACAGAUUUCUUUCCCCAGUUCCCCCAUUAGUUACCUGGAAAAGAACAUGCUUGCAGAACUUCUACUAGCAUGAAGAAAAUGAGGUGUAAAGGCUUGUGAAUGCUGCUCGUAGUUCAUGUCUUGGAAGCUCACAUUUCUCUGUUUCUUCAGGUGCUACGCCAGUUUGUAAGACAUGAGUCUGAUACGGUUACCUCAUUGGUACUUGAAAGAUCCAUGAAUCGUGUUCAGCUGCUUGGUCGGGUUGGACAGGACCCUAUCAUGAGGCAAGUGGAAGGAAAAAAUCCUGUUACCAUAUUUUCCCUUGCAACCAAUGAGAUGUGGCGGACAGGAGAUAGUGAAGUGGGCCAGGGAGGUGAUAUCAGUCAGAAGACGACACUCUCUCGAAUCUUUGUAGAAGGGAAGAUAGAUUAUGGUGAAUAUACAGACAAGAACAAUGUGAGGCGACAGGCCACAACAAUUAUAGCAGAUAAUGUGAUUUUUCUGAGUGAUGGCUCGAUGAAAGACAAGGCGUGAUGUCCUUAGUGCUUGGAUCCAGGCCAUUUCAUUCCUUUGGUUUUUCAGUGCUUCAUAAUUCUGUAAUCACGUAUACAGCGGUAGUUUCUUUAAGAAAUAAAUAAAAUGUUUGUUACCUAGA